AUGAGGAUUCUGCUUAUGCUGCACGUCGUUCUUUUCCAUCUGGAUGUUUUUUCAGGUGCCAGAUGUUCUCCUCUGGGUCCUCCCAUACAUCGUACCCUUCGUAUCCUUGGGGGGUCUGUUGCUGCUCCUCACUCUGUCUCCUACAUCGUGUCCCUCCAGACCUCCGGGGGGCAGCACUUCUGUGGAGGGGCGCUCAUUCACCAGUCCUGGGUACUCACGGCAGCUCACUGCAACCUCGGUCUGGACAACACUCAUGUGGUGGCUGGAGAGACUCUUCUGGAUGAAAUCGAGGGGACAGAACGCCGGGCCUAUGCGCUCAAACUAGUGCCGCACCCACUGUACGACAAUGUAACCAAUGACAACGACAUCAUGCUCAUCAAGCUCUCCUCACCUCUGGGUCAGAGCAGGGCAGUGUCUCUGCUGUCUCUCCCUAAACCAGGCUUGGUUCUGGAGGAGGGGCAGCUGUGUGAGGUGUCCGGUUGGGGGUCCACCUCUCUGGACUCGGAGCUGAGGACGUCCCCUGCCCUCCGCACAGUCUGGGUCUCUGUGGUCUCCUCUGAGCGAUGUAACAGCAGCCAGUCCUUCAAUGGGAGCAUCACCCAAAACAUGAUCUGUGCAGGGUCCAAGACAGGAGGCAAAGACGCAUGUCAGGGGGACUCUGGGGGCCCUCUGGUUUGCCGCUCCCAAGUCUUUGGUCUGGUUUCGUGGGGUCGUUCCUGUGGAGAGGCCAGGUUUCCCGGGGUCUACACUUCCGUCUCAGAGUACAGAGACUGGAUCAAACAGACCAUCUCCUGCCCCCACUGCUAG